CUCGCAGCUCGGCCGGGCCCGCCCCUGCGCCGCAUGCACGGCCCUGCGUGCCGGGUCCCAGGCGCAGAGCCGCACUGCAGACCGGGUUGGGCACAGCAGCAGUGAUGUCUCAGGUAAGGUGCAGCCGGGCCACAACCUCCGGCCCUGCUGUGCGCUGCAACACCGCGGGCCCCGCGCGGGGACGGCCGCAUGUCCCUGCUUCAGCUGCCUCUCUCCUAGCGCUGAGCACGGCUGAUAUGCCAUGAGGCGUCCAAGGGGCUGGCCGGGGGCUGCCCUUGCCCUCCUCCUGCUGCUCGGCCUCCCGGCGCUCUCCUCGGCAGGGCUGGGGGAACUGGGCCCCACCAUCGACGGGCAGCCGUGGGCAGUGUGCACGCUGCAGGAGGGGGAGAGCCAUGCCUUCACCUGCCGGGUCCCCCAGCCAGUGCCCGGUGCCUCACUGGCCUGGUACCUCAACGGUCAGAGGAAGGAAACCAACCUCUCGGCUGCAGGCACUGCCAGCACGCUCACCCUCACUGCCCGGCGCUCUGAUCACCAGCUCAACUGCUCCCUGACCGACCUGGCCUCCGGGGAGACCUACAAUGCCUCUGUCCUCCUCAACGUGCAGUAUAAGCCAGAGAUCCUGCGCGUAGGCGCCCACUACCAGGAGGUUGAGGGCUCUGGCCUCCUCCUGGUGCUCUUUGUGCUGGUGCAAGCCAAUCCACCUGCCAGCAUCACCUGGGUGAACCAGGAUGGGCACGUGAUGGCCAACGCCUCCGAGUUCCUCCUCCUGGGUGCCACACGCUACCCAGGGCUGGCCAACCACUCACUCCACAUCCAUCUCAGCAGCGUGCCUGAGAACUUCUCUGUCAGUGCUGCCAACAGCGUGGGCAUCACCACCGCCUCGCUCCUACCCACAGGCCCAGGGCAAGCAGAAGGGAGCAGCCCGCCCAGCCGGUGCUCCCGUGGCAGUUGCUCUGAGCACCCACAACCCCAGGGCACACGCCUGCCCCGCCAGACCCGGUCCCUGCCGCCUGACGUGCACCUCAGCGACCUCGCACAGGAGGAUGAAGCUUCCCCCAAGGAUGUGGGAGCUGGUGCCAGGGGAGAAGAUAGUGCCCUGCCAGGGCUGGAGAACUGCUUUGUCCUCAACAAGCUUGGCUUUGUCCAGCUCCCAGUGUCUGGGCGCAUCUACAAAGUGCCCAGUGUAAGCAGCGAUGAGAUCUGGCUGUGAGUCGCAGUGCCCAUGAGCCAGAUGCCCGGCCCCAGGUACGUACCAGCCCCUGGAGCAGGGCAGCCAAGGGUGCCAGGGAGGCCGUUCUGGGAGGUGGGCGCUGAGCAGCCCUGGCUCUGUGCUACACUGCGCGCUGCAGGGCUCAGGAACUGUGCUGUCAGCCAAGGCAUGUUUUUAUGUAGCCCAUUAACUUUACCAAUAGACUGUUAAAAUGCAUCAAAGCUCUUUAUAGCCAGGCUCUAGCACUGUGAUUCCUCCCAGGGUAAAGCCACGCACCAGCUUUGCUUUAGCAGGUUUGUGACUCGCUUGCUGCAUGAUCCUCUCCGCCCCUGCCCCUGCUGCUGUGACAGAUGGGUGGGCAGGCAGUAGGACAGGGGCUGGGGAGAGUCAUUCCAACAGCAAUAAACUAAACUCGAGCGUC